GUCUUUUCCUUUUCUCCUCUGUUAUAAAGCAUAGUUCGCUUAAACACAACAUCUCCUUCCUUUAUUUGUAACUUCCUCUUCUCGUCUAUAUUUGGUAUCUCUCUCUGCGGUACAGAUACAAUAACCUGGAAACCUGAAAAGCCAGAGAGAGAAGAACAAGGUGUUCAUAAUAUGACAUUCAGAUUUUGAAGUUUUUGUGAUUAUUUUUGUAGUGAUAUAAAUAUUCUGAAUGUGCAAGUAAUUUAAAAUUUAAAGGCUCCAUUAUGAUUUGAGGAUCAACAACGGUCAAGAGAGAACCCAUUUCAUAUCUGCUGUUGUGUACGUUGGAGUUUGGAUAUUUGAAUUAAAGUGAUAAUAUCUUUGUGGACUAUGUGCAUGAUGUGAAUUUGUGAUUCUGGGUUGGGGCUUUUGUUGUUUGAAUUAAUGGAGGGUAGGAUUUAAUAGCUUAAAAGGGCUGAAAUGUACAAGAUGAGAUAAGUGCUUAAGAAGAUGCAAACAAAGGAAGAUGCUGCAUCACAAGAGGAUCGGUCAGAAGUAGACCGGCCAAUAUCUCCGCAUGCUGUGUUAGAGAAAAUAUCUAAGGAGCCAUUUAAAAUGGGUGAUGAUGCGCACAAUGGUUUCUCACGCAAUCUGAGUGUUCAGCCACCCUCCCCAGUGCAUAGGCGGUGUCAAAGUGAAGUUUUGUCCCUGGGGCAUCAUCGUAGCAGUAGUUUUCAGAAAUUGAAAACUCAGAUGCAAAAGGCAUGGCGAUGGGGUGGUAAUUCGAGAGGACAAGAUUACAGUUUCAAUCCUGAGGUCUUGGCAAAUCAGAAACGCCAGUGGUAUCAGCUUCAUUCCAAAACUAUGGACAAUACGAAAUUUCAGGAGCCCACCUCACUAUUUGAACACUUUGUUAUUGUUGGGCUUCAUCCUAAUGCCAAUCUUGAGGCUGUAGAGGAUGUAUUUGCAAGAAGAAAGAAAUGGGAGUUUGAGGCAGCAAAAUCUGAUGUAAUAGCAUAUAAAAUGUUGCAUCAAUUUCGGGGGCCUACAUUUCCUUCAAUGGAACCCCAGAUACUUUUCAAAUAUCCUCCUGGGAAGAGAUUACCUAUGCGCCAAAAGGAUUUAGGUUCUUUCUGCUUUCCUGAAGGUGUUAAGACACGGUUAUUGGAGAGGACUCCAUCAUUAAGUGAGCUAAAUGAACUUAUUUAUGGACAGGAGCAUAUGGGCCGAGAUGAUUUAGCAUUCAUAUUCUCUCUCAAGGUUGCAGAUAAUGAUACACUUUAUGGGGUUUGCUUACAUGUAACAGAAAUUGUUCAGAGGCCACCUGGUAUUUUAGGCACCAUGUCACCCCUCCCACAGUCAUCUGGGCAACCAUCUGGACGUUGCGGCCGCUAUUUAGUUUCUGCACCUCGUUGCUACUGUGUGCUAACCCGAGUUCCUUUUUUUGAGCUACACUAUGAGAUGUUGAACAGUAUCAUUGCACAGGAGCGUUUGAAUCGUAUAACACAGUUUGUCAGUGAAGUGUCACUGAGUGGUGUCACUUCAGCAACCAAAGAACAUGAUCAAAUGAAUAUGAAUGCUUAUUACCCUGAUGGGGGGUUUGCUUUUGAUUGGACAGCUUCUGCAAUACCUGUUGACAGUGCAGUGGCCAUUACUGCUGCUGCUGCUGGAAUUAUAUCAGAUGAUGAGGUCCAUAGCUCAUCACCAAAGAAAUGGGAAUCUCAUUCUCCUGGAAGUGGUUCUGCUAGUGAGGCUUCAGAUUUAAGUCAAGCAAGGGAAGUAGAAAAGGAUAGUAAGAAGAAUGCACAAGAUUUUGAUGAUUGUGCUUCUGAGUCAUCAGAAACUCAUUUUGAUGCUCCGGAAAGACUGGAUGGGAGCUAUGAAAAUGGUCAAGCCUCUCCUGAGAAUGCAUUAUUUAGUAUCUCGAGGGCACAAUUAUUUGAGCGUCCAGGAAGUGUUGAUACCUUAUUCAGUCCAGUUAGAAGCAUGGUAUGUUAUGAUGAUGACGAUGAGCCUUUUGCAAAUAGUGAAAAAGAUUUUGAUGAUGACUUAAUAAUGGAAUGGGCUAGGGAAAACAAAAAUGAUUUGCUGCAGAUAGUUUGCGGCUAUCAUUCAAAGUCUCUACCCCAACGAGGAAGUGAAAUAAUAUUUCAGCCUCUUGAACACUUGCAAGCUAUUGUGUAUAGGCGGCAUUCAGCUUCUGACCUGGGCUUUGCUGAAAAUUAUUUGGAUUCAUUUGGAGCUGCUGAGGUCAAUGCAAAGUUAGCUGCUGCUGAGGAAGCUCUUGCACUAUCAAUAUGGACAACUGCAACACUAUGUCGAUUUCUGUCACUUGAAAGUGUUUUGACACUAGUUUCUGGAGUAUUAUUAGAAAAACAGGUGGUUGUAGUAUGUCCAAACCUGGGUGUUCUAUCUGCCAUAGUUUUAUCUCUUGUUCCCAUGAUUCGUCCAUUUCAAUGGCAGAGUUUAUUUCUCCCAAUUCUACCUGGGGGGAUGUUUGAUUUUCUUGAUGCUCCGGUUCCCUUUAUUGUUGGCAUACAACGUAAACCAGCUGACUUGAAGAUAAAAACAUCUAAUCUUAUCCAUGUUGACGUGUUCAAGGAUCAGGUGAGGAUGUGUCACUUGCCAGCACUUCCACGGUAUAAAGAGCUGGUUUCAGAACUUGCACCAUUUCAUGCUAGACUAUCAUUUCAAAGUUCGAUUGCUAAGAAGCAUCCUGUUUAUCGGUGCAAUGAAAUGCAGGCUGAAGCUGCAACCCAUUUUUUGACCAUCAUGAGGCGCUACUUGGAGUCAAUUUGCUCCGAUUUGAGAUCUCAUACAAUAACCAAUGUACAAUCAAACAGUGACAGGGUAUGUUUACUUCUUAAAGACAGCUAUAUUGAUUCCUUUCCCAAUAGGGACCGACCAUUUGUAAAGCUAUUUGUAGACACACAACUAUUUGCCGUUCUGUCAGACUCUCGUUUGUCAAGCUUUGAGCAUUCCUAACUUAAUCCGUUUACAAGUUCAAUGCAUCGUUCAGAAUUGCAAACUGCAAAUUAAGAAGUUAAAGUAAUGCAGAUUUAGAAUAAUGGGUUCUCUUAAUAUGUUUCAUUGAUCCUGUUACGAAUGAUGUAAUUUUGUUCGCUUUUGGAGCCGUUAACUGAAAGGAAACGAUAUUCAGCUGAAGGUUGCAAGAAGAAGAUUUGUAACAUAGCAAUAUAGCAAUAAUUUCGAAUGCCUGCCUGACUCCAAUGAUAUAUGCCUGUUGUAUUGCCCGACAAAAAGGGAGAAAAAUGAGAAAUUGAAGUGAUCAUGAUCCCAUUCUUUUUAUGGGGAUUUCGGUUUUUGGCUUAUCAAAGGCCUUUCCUCUCACUUCAAGCACUUGUAAAUGCCAAUAGCACAAUAGAACAAUUUUCAAAGGGACCUUUUAUUCCCUUGUUGUACGUGUAUAUUGAAUAGACAAUUAAUUUUUGUGGCAGGAGUUAUUUUCUUCA